AUGUUGAGCAAGACAAAACAGUGCUGGGAGUCUCAGAAGAGGACGGUCCAAAGCAGUUGGGCGUUCCGAGUUCCGAGGUACCGGUACUUGUACCCAAAGUUGGUGGUCGCUUUGUUGGUCUUUUUCAAGUUUCUUGAUCGCUCUGCUGUCCAAAAACGAGACGGAAUGGAAAUUCCUAUUGUUGUUGCUGUGCCUGAUGAUAAUCAUGAAGAGACUACUACUGAAACGAAAUGCCGUUAUCAUGGAAAUUGUCCCAUCGGAGAGGUCUGCCAGGAUGGUCUCUGCUCGCCCUAUAGGAACUCGAACUCGACUCUACUAAAAGCGUUCGACCAACAGCGAGUUGACAAGUGCUGGGAAGCUUGUCUCGUAGAGCUCCAGGCGGAUGAGUGGUAUUAUCAUGAUGCUGUCCCUGUUGUUCAGGCGAAAGAUCCCUCGGAGAUUGGAUGCAUCUUGACGUAUCGACGGCAACCAAAAAAGGGCGACAACAACACCAAUCCUCCAUGGACUCCUCCAACUAUGGAAGAAUGGAUGCAACAGCGCUUUCGACGAGUCAUUCGUACGGAUCCUGUCGUCGCCCAAGACCACAUUUGGCAGGCACUCUGUGCCUUUCCAUGCGAAACCAAUGCAGAUUGUCCACAACCAGAAACGACAUGCUUGGGAAGACAAGAGUCUGACAUUCCUCCCAAGAUUUCAGGUUCACCCAAGACGUGCAGUCGGCGACAACAACAACAAGAUGAGCACCAAGAUGACAUGAUGAUUGUCUCGGGCGCGAACCCUUUCUAUUUUGAGGCAUUGGAAAAUUUCGCAGCCUCGUUGCGGUUUUGGUCCCCCAACUCCAAGCUCGCCGUCUACAGUUUGGGCCUGCUCGAGGAACAACUAGCACAAGUAGCAGAAUGGCCCAAUGUGCAUCGCAUCCAUUGGAAGGAUGGAUUCCCGGCAUCCUUCCCACCUCAUGUAAAGGAACUGAAACAAUAUGCCUGGAAGCCGCUCGCCAUUAAUGCAUCCGUCCACGAGUACAAGUCCAUCUUCUGGUUGGAUGCCGGUGCCGUCUUUGUGGGUCCACUGGAUCCUAUCCAAGACAUUUUACAUCGGGAUGGGAUAUUCUUGGUCCAGGGACAAGAUGACGACAUGAAACGACUGUCUGUUCCCGGGACGUACCAAUGGUUGGGCUUUGACAAAGACACGUUUGUGGGAGGACCUAACUUUGCGGGCGGGGUACAAGGUCACGUCUAUCCUUCCAGAUAUAUCGAUACGAUCGUGGUGCCAAACGCAGAGUGCGCAUGGGAUCCAGCGUGCAUUGCUCCGGAAGGGAGCGGGCUUAAUAAUCAUCGCUAUGACCAGACGAGUUUGAGCAUACUGGCACACCAGCACCAUGUAUUGCCGCAUCACUAUACAGAAUAUCUUGCAGGAGGAAUAGAGCAGCUGAAUCAAAACAGGCAAGAACCCAAGCGGUUCAUAUUCUGGACAGCCCGACGAAAAGACACAUACUUUACAGAACUCGCCAGUGAGAUGCCGCUGCUAGGCAAAUUGAAAAAGAAACCAAAAGAGAAGAAGAAAAGGAAAAGAAGAAAAGGAAAAGACAAAAAGAGAAGGCUCGCGGCUGACUGA